AUGUCAUCAACACAAAAAUUAACACCUCAGCAAUUGGAAGAAAUUAGAAGAGCAUUCAAACAAUAUGACAAGGACAACUCCAACUCCAUUGAUCGUCAAGAAUUACAAACUCUCCUCGAAACCACACUCAAAACCAACCUCUCCGAAAAGAUGCUCCAAAAAUACGUUGACGUUCAAUUCAACAAGAAUGACACCAACAAGAAUCAAGUGAUUGAUUACGAUGAAUUUGUGAAAUUGUACACCACACUCUAUUUUUCACCUGAAUUACCCAUUUCGAUGCGUCUCGAACACAAGUCCAACUCAUUCCGAAAGGAACCUUUGACAUCCUCACCUUCCAACUCGGUUGCUCCGCCACUUCCUCAGAAAAAGCCAUUGAGUGAAGAGGAAAAGAGAAAAGCCAAACAAUGUUUUGACAAGUACGAUUUGGAUAAAUCAGGAACCAUUGAUCGAAAUGAAAUGUCCAAAUUAUUGGAAUCGGUUUACAAUGAGAAUGGUAAAAUGUCCAAAGUUUUGUUUAAUCGAUUGGUGGACAUGCACAUGAAUAAGGCAGGAGAUGACAAUGUGUUUUCAUUUGAGGAAUUUUUGGGAAUUUACAGAAAUAUAUUUGGAGAGGAUCAAGAUGUGGCACAAUCAUCCUCUGGUUUUGUUCUUCCUGGAAUGUAA